UAUUUUCAUUAGUUUUAUAAUCAAUGUCAAAUUAAUUUUGUCCAAAAGUUUUGUAAAGGUACUAGAUGAAAGUAUUCAUGGAUUGAUGCUUCUUCAAUUGAUACCAGGAACAAUAUCUUUUUGUACAAAUGGCUACGGACUUAUGAAAAGUUAUACUAAUGGCGAUAUUUCGUCAAUGAUUUAUCACAUCAUUUACAUAUUGGCAAUAAUGCCUAUUUUUUUGACUCUGUGCUCGGUGUCCGAUGAUUUAUUACAAAAGAACGAAAAUAUUAAACACAUGUUAUAUAAUCUGGAAUGGUACAAUUAUAAUAGUAGGACAAAAAAAUUUUGGAUAAUGAUGAUUAAUCAUGCGAACAAAUCAAUUAAAAUCACUGGAGGAGGGUUUUUUGUCAUUUCACUUAAAUGUUAUAAGAAUUGGUUCAUAAAUGGUGUGGAGUAUUUAUCUGUCCUAGCAGCAAUAAUGACAAGGAGUUGAGCAGAUCUUGAUAAUAUUGGCACAAAUAUAAAAACACAGAAAUUUAAAUUAUUAAAAAAAAAUUAUGGUUUCAA